GAUCCAAGUAUGUAUGCCAUAAAGGCCAUAAUUAUAUUGGAUAUAGAUGGGAAGCGUGUAUUGGCUAAAUAUUACACUGAUAUGUUUCCCACACUCAAGAGUCAAUCCACUUUUGAAUCUAAACUAUUCAAUAAAACUAAUAGAACUCCAUGUGGAGAAAUAACUUUGUUCGAAGGAACAACUUGUGUAUAUAAAAGCAACGUUGACUUGUUUUUCUAUAUUGUUGGCGAUAUUUCAGAGAAUGAGCUUAUAUUAAUUAGUGCUCUUAACUGUCUAUAUGACUCUAUUGGUCAAAUACUCAAAAGGAGCGUCGAAAAGAAGAUGCUUGUUGAUAAUUUAGAUCUCAUAUUUUUAGCUAUAGAUGAACUUUGUGACGAAGGUGUAUUACUCGAAUGUGAUGCCUCCUCUCUUGCCUCUCGUGUUGGAUCUAGGCCUGAUGACAUUCCACUGAGCGAACAAACUGUUGUACAGCGUUACUACUACCCUUAUUCUACCUUGAUUGCAUCCAUACAUUCUUGCUCUAUAACUCAAGCCCAAAAGAAAAUUUGA